AUUCCUUUUGCCGCCGUCCCUCCCCGAUGCACUUCCAUCCCACCCCAGCGUGUCUCACCCAACUGAUGGAGCACCCUGAAUCUACAUCGGUUGGGGGUCCUUCUUUGUUGCUACUAAUAUCAUAGUCAAAAUAGGUCAAACAUGGAUUGUAAGAUCCUUCUACUAAGCAAUAGAAGCUGGGUGGGUCUUCUUUGUUCACAAUUCAUUAGUUAUGCCAAAUGUUUCUCUAUGUUGCCUCAUAAUCAUAAAACACAACUUCUUGAGAAGGAAUUCGAUGUUGAUGGAAGGAUGCUAAGCCAGCUAUAGUUUAUACUGCCAAUGAUUAUUAUAAGAAUGGAAAGAUUUUCCCAAAGGACUCAAGGUUCUUCUCCUUGAAAGAGAUAACACUUCUGCUGUUGAGAUACGAGCAAGCUCGAGGCGAGGCAAUGGACUGUAAUGUUUCCUUGUUUAUGUUUUACGAUUUUCUAGCCAUUUCUGAGAAUUUAUCAAUUUUAAAUAUUUGAUACAUUCAGAAAUGGCUAAUGAAAAUAAGACAAAUGGAACGUCUACUCCUUUAGAAAAAGUUUCUGAAAAAGCUUCUGCUCCGUCUCCAUCAAAAUUAUCAACAACAAAACAGUCGGAUCCUCCAGAAGAAGCACCAUCAAAGUCUCCACCGCCGCCUUUAGCACCGCCGCCUCAUUCUCCACCACCACCUUCACCGUCUCCUUCUCCACCACCGCCUCAAGCACAACAUCCACCGCCUCAAGCGCAACAUCCACCGCCUCAAGCACAACAUCCACCGCCUCAAGCGCAACAUCCACCGCCACAUUCUUCACCACCUCCAUCAAAAUUUUCACCUCCACAUUCUGAAUCGUCGCCGCCUCCAACACCACCUUCUGAAUCGUCGCCGCCUCCAACACCACCUUCUGAAUCGUCGACGCCUCCAACACCACCUUCAUCUCCAUCAUCGUCACCACCAUCACCACCACCACAACCAUCCGAUGCUGAUUCUCCUCCUUCACAAUCUAAUUCCCCUCCAUCUCCUCAAGUUCCAUCUGCACCUUCCCCCUCUUCCCAAAUUAGUCCCCCACUACAAAACGAUCCCUCGCUGCCUCAGUCAGCAUCCAUUUCCCCCAGCUCCCAUUCUAAACCAAGCUUUUCUCCUUCUAAUAGCGACUCUCUAUCCAAAUCUUCCUCCUCCCAUGAAAAUACAGGACAAUACAUUGGUUUCGCUGUCGCAGGAAUUUUUGUUCUCGCCGUUAUGGCAAUCAUUUUUGUCAUCGUAAUAAAAAGGAAAGACAAGCGAGGGAAUUUCCAUGGUAUGCCACCCCCUAAGAAAUCUCAAAUGAAAGGAGAUGUGCAUUACUAUGUAGAAUCACCAGGUUUUGGUUAUAAUCAUAUGAACAAUGGAGGUUCAAUACAUCCUUUGAGAAGUCCUUCAGAAGCAACACCACCACAAAUGAGUGGUGGUCAAAUUCUUUUUAGUUAUGACCAGAUUCUCGAAAUUACUAAUGGGUUUUCAAGUGAAAACGUGAUAGGCGAAGGGGGUUUUGGGCGUGUUUACAAGGCUUUAAUGCCCGAUGGUAGAGUCGGAGCACUUAAGUUGUUGAAGGCCGGUAGUGGUCAAGGAGAGAGGGAAUUCAGAGCAGAGGUUGAUACUAUUAGUCGUGUUCAUCAUCGACAUUUGGUAUCGUUGAUUGGCUAUUGUAUAGCUGAGCAACAAAGAGUCCUCAUUUAUGAGUUUGUUCCUAAUGGGAAUCUUGAUCAACAUUUGCAUGAAAGUCAAUGGAAUGUUUUGGAUUGGCCCAAGAGGAUGAAGAUAGCAAUUGGUGCUGCAAGGGGUCUAGCAUAUCUGCACGAAGGCUGCAACCCAAAGAUUAUUCACAGAGAUAUUAAAUCUUCGAAUAUACUUUUGGAUGAUUCUUAUGAGGCACAAGUUGCAGACUUUGGACUUGCCAGACUAACCGACGAUACAAAUACUCAUGUAUCCACUAGGGUAAUGGGUACAUUUGGCUAUAUGGCUCCAGAGUAUGCAACAAGUGGAAAACUAACGGAUAGAUCAGAUGUUUUCUCAUUUGGAGUUGUUCUUCUUGAACUUGUUACUGGAAGGAAACCUGUUGAUCCAACCCAGCCUGUGGGAGAUGAGAGUUUGGUUGAGUGGGCUCGUCCAAUUCUCCUUCGUGCAAUCGAGACAGGUGACUUUAGUGAACUAGCAGACCCAAGGCUUCACCGACAAUAUAUUGACAGUGAAAUGUUUAGAAUGAUUGAGGCAGCUGCAGCAUGUAUUCGCCAUUCUGCCCCAAAACGACCCCGUAUGGUUCAGAUUGCAAGGGCCUUGGACAGUGGAGAUCAACUAUAUGAUCUAUCAAAUGGGGUGAAAUUUGGUCAGAGCACAAUUUAUGAUUCUGGGCAAUAUAAUGAAGACAUUAUGAGAUUCAAAAGGAUGGCUAAUGGAAGUUUUGCUGACUCUGAAUUUGAUAUGUACAGCUCAGAAUACAGUUCAAGAGAAACGUCUGGAUCUGCCCUUGUGCCAAAAUCUUGAAGUGGUAAUUCAGACAUUAAAGAUAUCCAAAACCAGAACGGCACUGUAGAAAGCUUUAACUCCACUAAUUUCACAAAAGUCCAAUUCAUGGAAUUACAUUGCCUAUUUAUACAAUGCAACACCAUUUGAUUCACAGAGUUGGGAAAUUGGAGCUAUAUAUGACACUUCAGCCAAACUUGACAAUCAACAACGUUAAACUCUUGUCAAUCUCUCUUCAAUUUUUGUUCUGUUUCUUUCCCCCAUUUUUUAAUAGCGGGGAACAUUGAAAACUUGUACUAUAUAUGUGUACUAUAUAUAUAUAUCUUAUGUACAUUUGCAAUGAUACAUUUAGUUUGUAUAAAACAACUAACAUUGAGUUUGUAUAAAGCAACUAUGAUUUUGUGUUUUCCAUUUUGAA